CCCGUUAGCCGCGUGCUGCACAAGUCGACAGCUCGUCGGAGGAUCUCGCGGCUUACCACGAUGAGGCGAUGGGUUUCCGAGGGAACCACGAACACCAGAGCACACCGCGACAAAGAUUUCCGCCGCACGACGACCGCCGGCAACGCGUAUGCCACUGACGACGUGCCAAACUCUGCUCGAGCUCCGCGCCCCGCUGAAGACGUGUCCGUGGAGCACCUCACGUACAGCAUCAACUCCAGCCAUCCGCGGACGUUGCGGGACAAGGACACGCUGUGCAAACGACACCGGCGGCGACGCGCGAUGGCGCAUCGAGUCUGCCAGUCGGAAGGGCAGUUGAGGCCGACUUUGCCGGCCGCCAACACGACGCCGGUGAUCCCUGCUCUGUCAGAUGACCAGGAACAGGAAACGACACUGCUCGAGGUGCUUGGAACCUUGCACCAGGGGCUCGGAAGACAGACCCGCUGGCAAGCCGCGGGUCAAGCGAGGCGCUGAGAAGGGCCCGGUUGACGUGACAGCGGGCUGCUGCGUGAGACGCUUCAUUUCCUUCGAGCCCCUCGUGCUCCGGCAUCAUACCACGCAGCUGUAAGGAAGCGGAGCUUGGCUCUUUCUCAGAAUUUUGAGAGCUUCGGCUGUGUUUGGAAGACCAAAUAAAUGUUUAUCCAAUCCAAUCGG